AUGGCAUCCUGUAUUUUUACCGCAGUCACAAGACUAGCUGUUUUUAUGUUUGUAACGUCUUUAGUGAGUUGUCUUCAGGUGAUUUCAGCUGUUAAUGCACCGAAUUUACCCAGACAAAGGGUUGUUUCAUCAUACCAAAUACUACGCAAUCUUAUUGACUACAAAACCUACUAUUUUGAUCAGAAGAUUGAUCACUUUGGAUUUGCUCAAGAUUCGACUUUCAAACAAAGAUACCUAUUAGCUGAUCAACACUGGCGUAAAGAUGGGGGUCCCAUUCUUUUUUACACUGGCAACGAAGGAGAUAUUGCGUGGUUCUGUAACAACACGGGUUUCAUGUGGGAUGUGGCGGAGGAGCUGGGGGCGUUGCUAGUGUUUGCUGAACACAGAUACUAUGGGGAUUCCCUGCCAUUCGGAGAGCAGUCCUACAGAGAUGCGAAGCACCUUAACUACUUGACAUCGGAGCAGGCUCUGGCUGACUUUGCCGUGUUGACAGAACAUCUGAAGCUAACUUUGCCUGGGGCCAAACACAGCCCUGUCAUUGCUAUUGGAGGAUCUUAUGGAGGAAUGUUGGCUGCUUGGUUUAGAAUGAAGUAUCCUCACGCAGUUGUUGGUGCCUUGGCUUCAUCUGCCCCGAUAUGGCAGUUUAAAGAUUUGGUCCCCUGUGAUGUUUUCUAUAAGAUUGUGACAGAUGAUUUCUCAGAGUCUGGGAGGGGGUGUUCUGAAAGCAUCAGGAGCUCCUGGAAGGCAGUGGACAAUAUCACAUCUACAGACAGCGGGCUGCAGUGGCUCUCUGAAGCAUUUCACCUUUGCUCUCCACUGAAGUCCAAAGAGGAUGCUGUGUCUUUCAAGUCCUGGCUGAGUGAGACUUGGGUGAACCUGGCCAUGGUGGAUUACCCAUACGAGGCCAACUUCCUACAACCUCUACCAGCCUGGCCAAUUCAGGUUGUUUGUAAAUUUCUAAGAGAACCGUCAUUGCCGGACAAAGAUUUACUACAAAACGUUUUCCAGGCUGUGAAUGUGUACUACAACCACACAGGGAACACACAAUGUUUGAAUACUUCACAGACCGCCACUGGUAAUCUGGGCUACAUAGGCUGGUACUAUCAGGCCUGUACAGAGAUGGUGAUGCCCAUGUGUUCAAAUGGCAUCAGUGACAUGUUUGAGCCCCAGAAGUGGGACUUCAAAGCCUUCUCUGAUGAUUGUGCACAACAGUUUGGAGUGAGACCCCGGGCUGACUGGGCCACGACUGCGUACGGAGGAAGGAAUAUCAGCUCUCACAGCAACAUUAUCUUCAGCAAUGGAGGGUUGGAUCCCUGGUCAGGUGGUGGAGUCAACGAACACAUCUCAGAUUCUCUGGUUACCAUAGUAAUCCCAGAAGGAGCUCACCACUUGGAUCUGCGCUUUAACAACCCUUAUGACCCGCAGUCUGUGCAGAAGGCCCGGGCCCUGGAAGUGCAGUACAUGAAGCAGUGGAUUAAAGAGGAUACUCUAAACCCGGGAUCCCAGAGUAAUAAAAUUGUGUAGGCCUGUUUUAAGAACAAAGUCAUGGCUAUGAGAAAUUAUAAUUUUUUUAAAGUUAUGAUAAAUUAAAAAAAAAAAAAGUAUCAAUUCAAAAACGAAAUCUUCAAACUAAGUAUGAAGCGACCACAAUUUCAUGUUUUAUGCUGUCAACGCACCAAAUGUUUGGCAAUGCUGUAAUGUAAUUCUGUUUUUUGACACAGGAAUGUCAAAAAUGCAAGUCUUUAAGAUGACUGUUUUGAUAUGUGCUGUUUAAAAAGAUUUUGACAUGCUGGUGCACAAGCUUUUAUUGGUAGAAAUGGAUCAGGGAAUGUUUUGAAUAUUGUGGCUUAAAAUCGCUUGAAGCUGUUGCUGAAGCUGCAUUUUAUAAUUGCACUAUUUUAAACAGAGGUGUUUCUAUUUAAGGGUAGAUCAAACAUUCUCUGGUAUUUUAUAGUACAAUCGAUUACAAGAAAAGUACCACUGUUACAUGAGCACUUUUUCUGAUGUUGAAUAAGUGUUGGGUGGUUGUAUUACACACAUCCCUUGCUGUUUCAGAACCUUCAAAUGCAUGCCUAUAAAAGUGUCCACUAAACCAUAGGAAACUCUAACCUGAACGCCAUUGAUAACGUUACUGAUUUUCAAAGGCUUUGAUUUUAUAAGAUUUUGCUCCAGUCCACAGAAUGGAAGUAAGAAUCCCAUUGCCUUGCAGUCUGAACCAUUCAAGUUUUUACUAUGGACUAAAUUAAUGUCCAUACUGCCUAAAUUAUGCACGAUCAACAAAUGUUGAAAGCUGAUUACCAUUCACUGAUAAUUGGAGUUACAUAGGUAGUGUGACUAGGAUAAUGGCAAGCCAUACAAAAGAAAAGGUGUGACUUUUUUUUUUUUUUUUAAAUUCUCAACAUACUGUACCAGGGCUGGACCCUCCAUUUAAUUAUUGAUUAUUUCUUGGCUUUUAAUGAAAAUGUACAACUUUUACAUUCCUUCUUAUGAGACUAUCAUCAUUUUGCCAAAGGGGAAAAAAGCUGCUGUAACCUUUUCAGUCCUGGCGGGACCUCAAGGUCCCACCGUAUCUUAAUGCUGUAUGUUAAGACAUGCUGACUCCUAGCUCCCAGUCUGAGGUAGUGUAUACUGCAGCCGUCAGAUGGCUCGUGGGAUCGGAGGACGCCCCCUGAACCUUCCGUUUCCAUGACUUGUGUGGGGAAUUGCUGCAGUAAAAUACUUGGGCAUUCUAAAUUGGGGAGAAAAUCAGGGGGUACAAUAUUGGACGCACAAAAUUAAAAAUGUAUAUAUAAAAUGUUUUGAAUUAUGUAAUUUUGCAUUCUUAUGCUUGACAAAAAUAAUUUGGGACUGAAAAAACUAAAAGACUCUAAAACUUGUCACUACGAAUUUGAAGAUGGUUCAGUGUAGGUGAUUAUUUACGUGGCACACUAUUCAACCAUUUAGACUAAAGGUCUUCUAUGUUGAACAAUUAAGAUUUAAUACAGCUUGUGACGUUUAUUUGGCAAAGAAGACUUGGAAAGCAAAACCGCAUUUUGGAAUGGCUUUUAAAAUACACUCUUAAGUUACACAUGACCAUGAAAAGAGAGUAAUUCACUGCUUUUACAAGAAGCUACACAUUACCCUGAGUAGAAUGAAAUUUCCCCUUUUCAGAGGUGGUCUGCUUGCGAAGACAUGCAGUGCUUUUUGCCUCACAAUUUAUCACCUCAGAAGUUCCAAGAUUGUUGGGCCAGCAUAGCUCUGUUUACUGCUCCCCUGGCUUCUAUAUACUGUUAAAUUACCCAUAAUUACUUUUCAUAAAGUUAUGAUAUUAAACCAAGUAAACAGACCAAUACCAAUACAGUUGCCUGCUGCAACACUUGAACUGUGAACACCCUUCACUAUUGCUUGUUUUUAGGUAAAUUCAGUUGCCUGCCUGUUUUGAAUUCUGUGAGAGCCACCUGCGCUGUAGUAAGUCUGUGUCUUAUUUCAAGCUCUACUCUUUUUACCCCAACCUCUAAAUGAUACUGCCCUCCCCCCUUCCACCAGAGUUGAUAGUGCUCCAAAUAUUGUUUGCAAGAGGUUUUGUUGGCGUGACUGUGUUUUGGUAAAACAUUUGAACUGUACAUGUUUCGGCUGUCUUUAAUCCUGACGUGGAUCCUUUUGCUGUGUCUCAAUUGAAUUUCACAAAUUGAUUUUUUAAAAAUGAAUGUUUUCAAAAUAAAAAUUAUGUUCA